AGAUCGUAUACAGCUGCCUGUCUGUAUCAGGUUAGACUUGCUAGUUCCUGUCUUUAGAUAAAUUGCAGGUGUUGGAUCAUAUUGGAAGCAGACUAUGAGGACUUGAUCUACAGGGGUAACAUAUUUAAUAUUCCCAUAGCAACGCAUCAAGCUGCUGAUAAUGAGUCUCUGGACGCAACUCAGACUGUUACUGUGGAAGAACUUUACUCUCCGGAGGAGACAGAAGGUACGGUUGCUGGUGGAGCUGAUUUGGCCUUUGUUUCUGUUCUUUAUUCUUGUGUCUGUCAGAUCCACCAACCAGCCCAUUUAUAAAAGCCAGUGCCACUACCCCAAUAAGCCCCUCCCCUCGGCAGGUGUGUUGCCAUGGCUACAGGGCAUGUUGUGUAACAUGCAGAACCCAUGUGUCGAUCGCCCCACACCUGGUGAAGCACCUGGACAGGUGAACAACUUCAAUAACUCCAUAGUCUCAAAGGUUUUGAUUGAAGUUCAGACCAUCCUCGCAGAUCCCGCCCUCUUCGCCAGUGUUAAACUGCUCUCAAGUGACAUCGGCCAGUGGGGUUCUGUCCUGCAGAAUGCAAACCCAGCCAGAGGUCAAUCCAUUCCACUUCGUAGUUUGCUAAGAACCAAUGAGACAUUUUCAGAAUAUCUGACGAACAGCUUGUCAGUGCCAAACACAACAGUUGCGAGUCUGAUGAUGGUGAAGGUUCGACUCGGCCAGAUAAUUGCUCUCUCAGGUGGGGGCGAUCUGAGGUCUAUAUUCUGUGGCGCAUCAGUCAACAGCAUCCUGGACUUUAAUUCAGCCAAUCAGAGAGAGGAGUUCCAGAACAUCACAUGCUCCAUAACAGCCAGUCAGCUUCUCCUAACCAGACAAGUUGUCAUGCAGAACCUCGAUAACAUGAAACUAUUAUCCGCUCUUCCAUUAGCUGUGGGUCUGAACCCGUUCGAGGUGGCCGUACUCAUGACUCAGACCAGCAGUCACGUCACUCCACUGAUGACAGGGAUGUCUAAUUUCCAGACUUCAGCAAUGUUGAGUGUUGCAGACACUUUAGACUUCGGAUCAGAUCCGUUUGGAAGUCUCAAUAUGCUGAUGUGUGGAAAAGUCUUUAACUCAACAUCCAAUAACACGAUGAGAGCCGCCGUCCGAACAGCAUCAACAGACCCAGAACAACAGAACACACGCGCUGCAACAGCUGUGAUGGGCGACACAAGCAACACAAACACCAGUGAAUUCUGUAAAAAUUUGAUGGACACAUUGGAAAGCUCAUCCAGUUUGCGUCUGUUCUGGAAAACUUUCAGACCCUUUCUGCAAGGAAAAAUCCUCUACACGCCUGAUACAAAUGUUACACGGAGCAUCGUUACAGAGGCCAACCGCACCUUUGACGCUGUGGCUAAAGUGGGCGAUCUAGCAGAGGCCUGGCUGCAGAAUGAAGACGUGAUCUGGGAAUUUUUCAACAACAGCACGCAGAUCAACACACUAAGGGUUCUACUGCAGAACCCUGUGAUUUCACCAGUUUUGGACCAGUGGCUAGAGGAUAGGGGCCUGUCCGCUGCGCUAAUUGCCAACUUCCUGUUCAACGGUCCGGAGUCCCAGCGUCCAGUGGGAAUGCCACCUUUCGACUGGCGAAAUGUCUUCAACACCACCAGCCGCACAGCAGAACAACUCAUUCAGAUUCUGGGGUGUUUUGAUCUAGACAAGUUUGAAGGUGUCAGCAGUGAGUCUCUGCUGGUUGACCGUUCUCUGAAGCUCUUGGAUCAAGACAGGUUCUGGGCUGGAGUGGUCUUCACGAAUCUCAGUGCAAACGGCCAUGACCCAAGUGACCCCCACCCACCAACCCACAUAAAAUACAAGAUCCGCAUGGACAUUGAGGAGACGGAGAGGACGGACAAAAUCAAGGAGAGGUCCUGGUAUCCGUCAGCCCGUGAUAACCCAUUUAAUGACCUGCGGUAUGUGAGAGGAGGGUUUGUAUACUUGCAGGAUAUGCUGGACCGUGGAAUCAUUCGGGUCCAGACCGGCAUCAGCCAGCCGCUCGGAGUAUAUGCACAACAGAUGCCAUACCCAUGUUACGUUGAUGAUACGUUCCUGCGGUCUCUGACGCGCUCCUUGCCUCUCUACAUGACGUUAGCGUGGAUCUUCUCUGUAGCGCUGAUAGUCAAGGGUGUGGUUCAGGAGAAGGAGGCGCGUCUGAAGGAGACCGUGAGGAUGAUGGGAUUGAAGAGCUCCACCUACUGGCUGAGCUGGGGCAUCAGCAGCACCCUGCCUCUCGCCGUCAGCGCUGCGCUCCUUACUGUCAUUCUCAAGUAUGGAAAGGUUCUGCGAUACAGUGACCCCUCGGUGAUCUUUGUCUUCCUCCUGGUCUUCUGCGUGGCCACUGUCAUGCAAUGCUUUUUCAUCAGUGUAUUUUUCUCCCGGGCAAAUCUGGCAGCUGCCUGUGGGGGCCUCAUCUACUUCCUGCUCUACCUGCCUCAUGUGCUCUGCUACGCCUGGAGGGAUGUCCUGGGCUUUGGAGCCAAACUCGCCACGAGUCUGCUGUCGUGUGUGGCAUUCGGGUAUGGCUGUGAGAAUUUCUCCCGUUACGAAGAGCAGGGCAUCGGAAUUCAGUGGAGCAACAUCCGGGUCAGUCCGCAAGAGAACGACCGCUACUCCUUCAUCGUUUCUAUCUUCAUGAUGCUGUUUGAUGCUCUCAUUUACUGGAUACUCACCUGGUAUAUUGAGAAUGUCUACCCAGGGCAGUAUGGUAUUGCAAAGCCAUGGUAUUUUCUCUUUACUUCUGCAUACUGGUGUGGAACUCCAGUGGGUUCUGAGGCAGAACCAGACCUUUUCAAAGAACUGGAGGACCAGAGUGGUUACCUGGAGAAGCCUUCCUCAAGUAUUAAGGCUGGUGUGUGUAUCCGAAACCUGGUGAAGGUGUACAAGACGGGGAAUAAACUGGCCGUGGACGGACUCAGUCUGGACUUCUAUCAGGAUCACAUCACCUCAUUCCUAGGACACAACGGAGCUGGAAAAACCACCACCAUGUCCAUUCUGACAGGUCUUUUUGCUCCCACUUCUGGUACGGCCUACAUUAACGGUUACGACAUCCGCAAGGACAUUGACACCGUCAGGAAACAACUGGGAAUGUGUCCACAACACAAUGUCCUCUUCAACGAUCUGACGGUGGAAGAACACAUUUAUUUCUAUGCCUGUCUGAAGGGGCGGAGCUCUAAAGAAGUGCAGCAGGAAAUUGAUCAGAUGAUUAAAGAUGUCGGUCUGCCACACAAACGUAAAGACCUCGCCAAAAACCUCUCAGGUGGUAUGCAAAGGAAGCUGUCUGUUGCCAUAGCGUUUGUGGGUGGAUCCAAUGUUGUGAUUCUGGAUGAGCCAACCGCAGGAGUGGAUCCGUAUGCACGUCGAGGCAUCUGGGAGUUACUUCUCAAAUAUAAAAAAGGGCGUACUAUCAUUCUGUCUACCCAUCACAUGGAUGAAGCAGAUAUUCUGGGCGAUCGUAUCGCCAUCAUCUCUCACGGCCGAGUUUGCUGCUGCGGCUCUUCUCUAUUCCUCAAGAAAACAUAUGGCAGAGGCUAUUACCUCACAGUCGCACGGGCCAAUCAGGAUCAAGCGACAUCACAACGCACGCCCAAAUCUAAAGAGUGUGAUAUGUCCAGUGUCGAUGAGGGAAUUUGCAGUGACAGCAUCAGUAGUCUGGACACAUCAGAUGUGGGUGAUGUGAGUCGGCUGGUGCGGCGGCACGUGGCGGAAGCAGAGUUUCUGGAGGUCAUAGGUCAAGAGCUUGUGUUUGUGCUGCCAUACACAGCCGCCAACAACGGCAGCUUCGCUUCCCUCUUUAAAGAGCUCGACCUGGAGAAAAACUCUCUGGGCAUUACCAGCUAUGGCAUAUCAGACACCAGCCUGGAGGAGAUCUUUUUGAAGGUGGCUGAAGACACAGGUGUUGAUGUGGAAUCUCACGAUAAGAGAGGAGCUCUUGAACAAAAACGCAGAAGCAGCUCAAGGAUAUCAGGAAUACAGACUAUCAGCACAGCACUGGAAUGCAAAGAUGCAAAUACUGUGAAAAAUGAGGUGAAGGUGAGAUUCACUAGUCGAGUUGAGGACACACAGCGCCCCAUGUGUGUGAACGGCAAAGGGUCGUAUGUCAUCACGGGUUGGUCACUGAUCAGACAGCAGUUUUUAGCUCUGUUUAUUAAACGGUUCCAUCACGCCCGCAGAAGCAGGAAGGGAAUCAUUGCUCAGGUGGUGAUGCCGGCGUUUUUCGUGUGUUUGGCACUCAUCUUCUCUAUGAUUGUUCCACCUACUGUGGAAUAUCCCAGUCUGGAACUUCAACCCUGGAUGUACGGAGCUCCACAGAACACCUUUUACAGUUUUGAUAGCGCUGGUGUAGUCCAGGUGGAGAGAGUGACAGAUGCUCUGCUCAGUUCUCCUGGAUUUGGAACACGCUGCAUGAGCACCAACCCCAUACCUAAACUCCCAUGUAACCCGACGGGAGGCUCUGAUUGGAUCACUCCAGCAGUCGACCCAUCCAUCAAUGAGAUCUUUGAGAAGGGAAACUGGAGCAUGGCGAACCCGUCGCCGGACUGUCAAUGCAGCACUCCUCAACGCAGCAUCAUGCUGCCGGACUGCCCGCCCGGAGCCGGAGGAUUACCACCACCACAGAGAACUCAGAACACCACAGACACACUGCAGAACCUCACAAACAAAAACAUGACCGACUUCCUGCUCAAGAACUACCAGAAAUCAGGAAAAAUACGGUAUGGAGGCAUCUCUGUGGGUGGUGUGAACUCACAGGUCCAACUGAAUGAGUCUGAGAUUGCAUCCAAAAUCACGGACCUCAAAUCACUCUUGAACAUCUCACAGAGUAACCUUACAGAUGAAAUAUUCCAAAAUAUUCAGAUGUUACUAGUGGAGCUGGGCACCAGAGACAAUGUAAAGGUCUGGUUCUAUAAUCAGGGUUGGCAUUCACUCGUGUCGUUCCUGAAUGUGGCCAGUAACGGAAUUCUUAGAGGGAAUCUGCCCGCGGGACGCCGACCAGAAGAAUAUGGCAUUACGACAUUCAACCAUCCGCUGAAUCUCACUAAAGAACAGCUCUCAUUUGCAGCAAUUGCGUCAACCUCUACGGACGUGGUGGUGGCCAUCUGCGUGAUCUUUGCCAUGUCCUUCAUCCCUGCAAGCUUCGUCCUCUUCCUCAUCCAGGAGCGCGUCAGUAAAGCCAAACACCUGCAGUUUGUGAGCGGUGUAAAUCCAACCAUAUACUGGCUCGCCAACUUCACCUGGGACAUGUGUAAUUACGUGGUCCCGAGUGUCAUCGUCAUUAUCAUCUUCCUGUGUUUCCAAACAAAAGCGUACGUCUCUCCACCAAACCUGCCUGCCCUCAUACUGCUGCUGGUGCUGUACGGUUGGUCAAUCACUCCAAUGAUGUAUCCUGCCUCCUUCUUGUUCAGUGUUCCCAGCACAGCGUAUGUAGUUCUCACCUGCAUAAACCUCUUCAUCGGCAUCAAUGGCAGUGUUGCCACAUUUGUCAUGGAGCUCUUUGACGACCCGAAUAUAACAAAUAUCAAUAACAUAGUGAAGCAGGCUCUGCUGGUGUUUCCUCAUUUCUGUUUGGGCAGAGGACUCAUGGAUAUGGCCAAAAACCAGGCCAUGGGCGCCCUCUACCAAAAUCUGGGUGAAGACCGCUUUGAAGACCCUCUCAGCUGGAACAUGGUGGGAAAGAAUCUGUUCGCCAUGUUUAUUCAGGGGGCUGUUAUGUUCAUCCUGACCCUGCUCAUUCAGUACAAGUUCUUCUGCAAACCUCUGUCGAUGAAGACACUACCAACAUCAUCUGGGAAAGAGGAUGAGGAUGUCGCUCGUGAGCGCACUCGUGUGCAGCAGGGAGGAGCUCAGAAUGACCUGCUCCGAAUCUGUGACCUCACAAAGAUGUACCGUAAGAAGAUCACUCCAGCCGUGGACAGAAUCUGUAUGGGUGUUCCUGCAGCCGAGUGUUUUGGCUUGCUGGGGAUUAAUGGAGCAGGCAAAACUACGACUUUUAAAAUGCUGACUGGUGACAUCAGCCCAUCAGGAGGAGAUGCCUUCCUGAAUGGAUACAGCAUCCGUACUGAAAUGCAGUCGGUGCAGCAGAACAUGGGUUACUGUCCACAGUUUGAUGCCAUAGAUGACCUUCUGACUGGGAGAGAACACCUGGAGUUCUACGCUCGACUCCGAGGGGUUCCGGAAAAAGAGGUUGCCAUGGUGGCUGAGUGGGGCAUUCAGAAGCUCGGCCUGGUGAAUUACUCUGAGAAAUCUGCAGGGACAUACAGCGGCGGCAACAAACGCAAACUCUCCACUGCCAUGGCUCUGAUUGGCUGUCCUCCUCUGGUUUUCCUUGAUGAGCCCACCACAGGCAUGGACCCCAAAGCCCGGCGUUUUCUGUGGGACUGUAUCCUCAGUGUCAUUAAGGAGGGCAGAUCUGUCAUACUCACCUCACACAGUAUGGAAGAGUGUGAAGCUCUGUGCACUCGUAUGGCCAUCAUGGUGAACGGCCAGUUUAAAUGUUUGGGCAGCAUCCAGCACCUUAAGAGCAGGUUCGGGGAUGGCUACACGGUGAUUGUGAGAGUGUGUGCUGAUCAUGCUGAUCUCAGUGCAGUGGAGGUGUUUCUGCGGGACACGUUUCCUGGUAGCGUUUUGAAAGAGAGACAUCACAACACUCUGCAGUACCAGAUACCGCAGGGAGAGGGUGCACUUGCACACAUCUUCAGUCAGCUGAGCAAACACCAGCAGGAGCUGGGUGUGGAGGACUACUCUGUGUCACAAACUACACUAGACCAGGUGUUCGUGAGUUUUGCGCAACAGCAGCAUGACGAGGAGGACGGUGCAUUUGAUAACACUGCUGUAGAUACGAAUGAUGAAACACAAACAUCUUCAAUAUAAACCAAAUAUUAAUCAGCAUAAUCAAGCUGCUACCGGCACUUUACCAUCUUUAUUUAUUUAUUUUAUAUCCAAAUCCCUAUGUAGACCACCAGCAUAUAUUUGAAAAUUUAGUUGAGUUAAAUCUUCAACUUAUUCAAGUACAGAGAGCCAUUCCAGGAAAAAAAAAAAAACUCGGGUGUAGUUUUAUAUAAAAUAUUUUAUCAAAGAAUUUUACAUUUAUCAUUAUAUUUUUGUUAUAAUUAACUAUCUGCUCAUUUUGCACUGUGAAACACCAGAUACUCCACAUUUUAACUCCUAAUAUUAUUAUUGUUAUUAUUUUUUUUUUCAUGCAUAUUAUAGUUUUACCAAAUGCUAGGAUCAUGCAAAUGUUGAAUUUUUAUUUUCAGUGUAUCAAAUCUGCACAUUGCUCAAGGUUUACCUCUGUAUGUAUGAAGUGAUUCUGCGUUUAUUUUUGUCUUUGUAAAAAUCAUCUCACACUCACACGUGAUUUCAGCUUUCACACUUUUUUGAAACUCAGGACUGAACCAUGCUUGAAACUGUGUGUGUCGAGAACUAUAUGUAUGUCAUGAAAUGCAGCAAAAUAUUCUUACCACUCUCACACACACAGAAAAUCUCAACACUUAUCUGCUCUUAAUCCUGCAGGGUACUCAGCAUUUGUAUGCACUCCCAUGUUCCUGUGAAACUCUGCUCAGAUGUUUGUUCUGCUUAUUGCUUUAUGCACAGAAACACAUAUUAAAUAUUUGCACACUC